AUGGCUCCAGGAAGUCGCGUGCGUAAAGAGUUGGAAGAAUGUCAAAAGGACUCACAUCUUUCAGGUGUUACGGCUGUACCAGUAAAUACUGCGUCACUCUCUGAACUUCGCGGUUCGAUCCAAGGGCCGGAUGCGACGCCGUAUGAAGGUGGCCAUUUUGAGCUUGAAAUUAUUAUUCCUUCCAAAUACCCAUUUGAACCACCACAAAUACGUUUCUUAACGAAAAUUUGGCACCCAAACAUUUCGUCACAGACUGGAGCUAUCUGUCUUGAUAUUUUAAAAGAUGCAUGGUCUCCAGCAUUGACCAUAAAGACUGCACUUUUGUCUAUUCAAGCGCUUUUAUCAGCUGCUGAACCUACGGAUCCACAAGAUGCUGAAGUAGCAAAGAUGUAUCUUAAUGACCAUGCGCAGUUCCUCAAUACUGCACGAUUCUGGACGGAAAGUUACGCCAAGCCAAAAGACGCAAAUAACGUUGCUGCACUCUCUAGACUCAUAGAUAUGGGAUUUCCAGCCGAAAAGGCAAAAGCGGCACUACUAGCGACCAAUGGAGACGAAACAGCCGCGAUUGAACACCUUGUUAGCAGUAUGUAG